AUGGUCCGUUUCGUUGACUUGGAGGAAGAUGCCGAUUUAAGGGCCGGUCCUUUCGGCAAUCUAAGCCAUGAUCUAGAAUCCGCUAUUGAGGAUAGCAGACCCAAUCCAAACCUGAGCCAGUUCUCAGCAGCAUUGUCCUGCUACCCAAUCGUGACACUUCUCGCACGCUAUAUCGACCUGGUCACUCUCGAGAACCUUUCGAAAACAUGCCGACAAAUCCGAGCAAACUUGCUCGGAUACAGAGCGAACCUGAUCUCUCAGACUCUCCGCUGCGAUAAUGAAAAUACCAACCCAGCCGAACGACUGGGAAAUGCUCUACACGCCAGCCAUCAAGUGUGGACCACAUACGGCAGAAACGGCACGAAAAUCGGACGCAUCACGAGCGGCAAAAUUGGAGCUUGCGCGAGAGAUAUGGUAGGAGAGUGUCGGAAAUGCGGCAAGAUUAUCUGCAGAAAUUGCGUAAUCAAAACCCCUCCGGCAAGUGUCGUCAAGCUUCGCCACAGAAGGUUAUGUCGAACAUGCAUGAAGUCUCCGCUCGGGAGUCUGACGACGGAAAUCCGUGCUGUGGAUGAAGAUGGGAACAGUACAAGGCAAGCAUUGAUUGUCCACCACGAUGACGACGGCGACGACCUAAUGACCUACGAAUCCCGCGAGUUCGCACGAGAUCCUUGCACUUGCGGAGACAUCGUCUGGAUCUGCCAACCCUGCGGCACAGCGAUGCGAACAACCGACACGACCUACGUUCGCGGAUGGAAGUGGCGUACCCGCUACUCGCACUGUGGAGGUAUGGGUGCCGGUUUAGGCGAAGGCAACGAGGGCGUGGAAUGUGGAAGGACGAAAGAAUGUCUUGCUGCAAGAAUGGUGGAGAAGGAUGUCGAAUGUGAUGCGGAAGAACUUGCAGCCAUGGAAGCCGAGACCGCGAAGACGGAAUUUCAAGGCAGGAAUUGGAAUGGGAAUUCUUAUUCUACGCAGGAAAUUGUGGGGAUUGGGGGGAGGAUGAAGACGACGGUGAGGAAGAGGGUUCCCGUGGGGGCCAUUGUUAAGGAGUAUGAGGAUGAGCGGAUGACGGAGGAUUUCUUGGGGAGGGAGCAGAGUGGGCAGAAUCGGAGCUGGUGCUCAUGGUGCUCACGUGUCGUUGUGGGCAAAAAAGAUCUGGACGGCAUUACACGAUCUACGGAGAGCAUCUCCUCUUCAAGCUCGGCAGAAAUGGCAUAG